ACUCCAACAUAUGGUAAUGUCUUGGGGACUCAAAGCGAUCCUCCUCUGCAUUUUGGCAACCGGCAUCCUACCAGCGGUGGUAGCAAAUGUAGAAGAGCAGAAAGAUGCAGACUGCGCUGACUUCAGCAACAUCACCCUGCUGCAGUACGGCAGGCAGCAGGCAGCCAAGCUGCAGGUGCAGUACCUGCUGUUCACGAGGAAGAACAUAGACUGUGCAAGCAUGUUCAGCGAGGAGUCCCUGGCCAACGCACAGCCCUCCCUCUUCAACGUCUCCCUCCCUACCAAGAUCAUUGUCCAUGGUUACAGGGCCCUAGGCAGUAAACCAUCCUGGGUGAAGAAACUGGCCCAGGCCCUACUUAGGGCAGAGGAUGUGAAUGUGCUGGUGGUGGACUGGGUCUACAGCGCCUCCUUUGCCUACAACCGGGUGGUGGAGAACUACAAGGAGGUGGCCGUGCAAAUCUCUGUCCUCAUCAAUCAGCUCCAGGAACAUGGAUGUAAACUGGAGUCCUUCCAUUUCAUUGGGGUCAGUCUCGGGGCACACGUCUGUGGAUUUGUUGGAACUCUUUUCGAGGGCAAGAUAGGAAGAAUCACAGGCCUGGACCCCGCCGGACCCAUGUUUAAAGGAGCUGACACGUUCGACCGGCUGGACCCCUCUGAUGCUCAGUUUGUAGAGGCCAUCCACACAGACUCAGACUACUUUGGCAUCUCCAUCCCUGUCGGUCAUGUGGACUUCUUCCUGAACGGAGGAAAGGACCAGACGGGAUGCAUCCGCUCCAGGUUUGCGUCAAUUCUUGUGUACUUUCCAGUGUACGGCUAUGUGAUAUGUGACCACAUGAGGGCGCUGUACGUCUACAUGAGCGCGCUGAAUGGCUCGUGCUCGUUAACGGGGAUCCCGUGCUUCAGCUAUGAGGAUUUCCUGGCGGGACACUGUUUGGACUGUGGAGGAGUCCUGAGCGGGACCUGUCCGAUCAUAGGUUUAUCACAUAACAGUGGGAUAACAGUGUCUCCGAUUCCAAAAGAGCAAAAGCUAUUCCUCCUCACAACUUCCUCGCCACCUUUUUGUGCUCAUCACAUCCUGCUGCAGCUGGAGGUUUCUGAGCUGGAUAAGAGCGCUGAUGUGGAAAUGACGCUGAUUACGGAGAACCUGGCAACUCAGCAGAGGCUCAUGCUUCAGACAGAUACUACAGUGUACAAGAGAGUGCUGGCCCACCCAUCGGCUCUGUGUGAGAUAGAGUCCAUCCAGCUGAAGAACACAGGGGCCAGGUUCUACCGGCAGGGAGACAUCCACAUAAAGUCUGUGUGUUUACUGGAGUUCCCUGUGGUCAGGCAAGAGAAGCCGCUCUGUGUGAACAAUAUUGAUCUCAGGCGAGGAGCUCCAUGGUCUCAUGACUUUGUGCAGCUGUGUGGAGGCUUCUGAGGGAAUAGAUGGUUACAACAGACACCCAGUACCACCCCAAAUGCACACAACCAUACACAGUGAAGUAACACAGUCAUAGAUACAGUUUCUUAGGUCAGAUGAUCCCAAAUCUGCACUCAAAGGUAACUGCAAUCCAAGAGCCAUACAUGCACACAUAUACAAAUUGGCAUGAAUACGAACAUAUACACACUUGCACAUACACACAGAAACAGACCUACUUUCCACCAUUGUCUCUGAAUUGAUCAUUCAUAGACACUGUGCUGCUGAAAUGUCUCGGUAGCAGGAUCAGGAGAUACAGUGUUCCCACAGGUUACACAGGUUCUGUGAAGCUUUCAGCAAACAGCCAUACACUUUGUUGUGCCAGAGAUUGGAUUGUGGUCUCUUAGGCCAGUGGUUCCCAACCCAGUCCUCAAGGCCCCUCUAUCCUGCAGGUUUAUGUUUCAGCUCUACUCUUUCACACCUGAUCCAAUUAAGGGUUUCAUGCUGAUUGGUUGAAACAGAUCUACCUGAACAUGGCGUGCAUGAAGGUGCAUGGGCCUUAAUUGGGUCAGCUGUGCAGGAGUAGAGCUGAAACAAAAACCUGCAGGAUAGGGGGGCCUUGAGGACUGGGUUGGGAACCACCCUCUUAGGCAGACCUGCUCUGGAGACAGAAAUAAUCUCAUUGGUUGAGUUAAACGUCGGAGGGCGGGGCCAAGGAACCGAUAUCCCUGGUUGAGCAACAUUAGACUGAAGCUUGGUGGAAAGGGCAAAGGAGUAAGAGAGGCAGUAGAUAAUAAUAUGAAGCUUAGCAUUCUUGCUGCUAACUGUAAAAAUGAUAUCAUAGCUUUACUAAGACACAUACGUUUGCCUAUUUGAUCUCCCAGGUUCAAACCAGCCAUACUAGCCUAGCUAGUUAGCUACCAUGCUGAUGACCUUAACAUCACAAAUGUCAAGAAUGAAGGAAGAAAUUAAUCAUUGACAUUUGUUUUUCUUACAGUGACUGCCUGUCACUUUUGCCAGUUAGCUGAAAAACUGCUUCACGGCUACAAAAACUGAUGUUUAACUCAGUGAGUGAGAUUGUCUCUGCCUCUUAGAAAUGCUGUAGAAUUAGAACUCUUAAGUGCUAUUUUACCAUGAUCCAGCUUUACGGUCAAAUCUAAUUUAUGACCUCUGAUCCGGGGUAUGAAUUUCUCCUGUAUGUUUUCAAACAUGUCAUAUUAGGAAUGCUGUACAUUUUAUUCCACACUGAAUGUUACUAAAUUUGUAUUGUCUGUAAAUGCAAAGCAAUAAAAUUGUACUUGGUCUGGUC